AUGGCUGGCGAUUUAAUUUGGCUUGCGGCUGUCUCUCUUCUUUCCGCCUUCCAGCAAUGUCAUUUUGCGUGGCUGGUGGGGAAGUCAAGAAUGAAGCACAAGGUCAUGCCCCCAGCUGUCACUGGAGCUCCAGAAUUUGACAGAACAUUUCGUGCACAACAAAACUCUGUGGAGUUUUACCCAGUAUUCCUGACUGCCCUCUGGACUGCAGGAUGGCUCUUUAAUGAAGAAUUAGCAUCCUUCCUGGGUCUGUUGUACGUGUUCGCCCGUUACAAGUACUUCCAUGGUUACGUCCAGACUGCGAAGGGAAGGUUAACAGGUUUUUAUUUGAGUUUGGUAGUUCUAAUUUGCUUGAUAACCCUGGGUGCUGCUGGGAUUGUUCACGGCUUUCUGGAAGAAUACCUGCACUUCAGCAUUACGAAGAAACUGCAUAAAUUGUUCUGA